AUGUGCACCAAAAUCGGAGUAAUAGUAGACUUCGUCACCCAGCAAUGCUUUGUCAUCCAAGUUGUCUGCGCCAAGACCGGAAAAGCUCUAGAGCGUGAAAAAAUAACCCAGAAAAACAUUCUUCUGACCAGCCACGUAAUAGAGUUCGACGACUCCGAGGAGGAAAGAGGAGCAGCCUUUGUCAAGUCCGUUGAGGAGAACAUCAGAGCCGCAGUUGAAGAGAAGCAGGCAAAAGAGUGCUUCCAGAAAACAGUAAGACUAGAGGAGAGAAAAGAGAUGAACGACUUUGAAAGAUUCAUGAAAGAACAGGAAGAUCUCGCUAGAAUAAGAAUCUUGAAUGCUCACGGAUUCGAAUAA